UCUAGUAAAUGAUGAUAAUAUUGGCUCAUUAGAUAUUAAUGCGAACUAUUUUAAUUAUGUAUCUUUGUUUAAUACAUCAAAUAAAGAGACUAAUGAAAAAAGUGACAUUAUUGGCAAAGAAAGCUUACACUCUGGAAAUGGUCAAUAUCAGAAUUUGAAUAAAUGUCUUCAUAAAUGUCCUUGUGAUAAAAUGGUACCAUUACCAUCAAGUAAAACUCCUACAGCCAUUAAUUCUAAAGGUGUUCUUACUAUACCUCCUUUAAUGCAUACAGUUAGUCUUACCAAUUCUUCUGAGAAUCUGAGAUCUUUUCAUGAUGGAGUGGUUUUUAAACCCAGCAGAUACUUGCCAUAUUCAGCAAGAAAUAUCUCUAAGAAAAAUACUCUGGAAAAAAUUCCUGAAAGGGUUCCAGUCUCAAUCAAAGCACGAAAUGCCAAAUUUCUUUGUAGUGAGAAAGAUUUACGAAGUUGGACAGUUCGAGAAUUAUUAGAAACUUGUGAGACAAUUCAAGAAAAUACAUUAAAUAAAGAAGCAUUUUCUGAUGGAAGAAUGAUGACUGGUUUGAAAUCUGCUUCAAAUUACAACCAUUUCAAUGCUCAAGAAUCAUUUCCAGUACAAUUUAUUAGAAAUAAUCAGUCAGAAUUGUGUGAAGAAAAUUUAUUCAAAGCAAAUUCAAAAAAUUUCGAUGAAGUGAACAACAGAAAUGAGUUAUCUUCAGGAAUAAAUUCAAUAGACCCAACACCACCAGAGACAUUAUCAUUUGAUUAUGAAUUUUCAAAUCCCAAGAAUAACCCGGAGAGACUGCGUCCUAUGCAGACUUUUGAAGAUUUUGGUUCUCUUUCAAAUGUUUCUGUAAAAAUCUACCAACCUACAUCAGAUUAUCAAAAGUUUAUGAAAUCUAAACAUCUUUGUGAAAAGAAGAUCCCUCGACCAAAGCAUUUUGAUUUCACCUUUUUACAAAUCAGAAACUUUAAGUAUUUUUGCAAAGAUGGUAAUUUCAAAAGAAUAGCAAAAUUAAAAGUAAUUUUUAGCAGAAAGAAAUUGGUGUACGAGUUCCAAGUGGGAGAAACAGCUGAUUCCUCUGGCAGUAAUACAAAACACCUAGCAAUCAUUGAAGUUGAUUUCCACACCAUUGUGGCAAUAUGGGGCCAAGAAGAUAAAUUCCGUCUCCAAGUAAAAGUUCCUCCUCGUAUGCAUAUGGGUACCCGCUUUUGUAAGAAGAACCAAAAUAGUUCUGUCCAAAAUGUUCAAUAUGACCGUUGUCAUACAACAGACCUCACUUGUGGGGAAUUGUAUCGGAUACCUUUUCAUUAUAUCCAGCUACGUUCCAUGUCUGUGAACAAGCUGUUAGCUUGUCUUUCACAGUUCAGUCCACAAUUUGAAUUAAUGUUGCGAUGUCCAUUUAUAGAAACUUUCAUGAAAAUGCUCCCUCAACAGAGGCCAGAAACCUCUGAUUACAUUCCAGGCUGCUAUGGUGAAGUACUUUCUUCUACUUGCCAAAAUUCUCAAAAUCAAUAUGUUGAAUUUUCUGAAAAUAUGUCAGAAUGCUCCCAUCAUAUGGAUUCUUCCAAAAGUAGCUGCAAGAUGUGCUCUACCAUGGUUAAAUCCUUUGAUGAUGUCUAAUGUGAAAUCAGAAAUAUUCUCAUUUCUUUAAGAUUAUUAUUUACAUUAAGCAUCAGAUGGUAUCUAUAUACAUACCAAUUAUUAUUUUGCUGCAAACAAACACUACCAUUCAUUAUGAAAUAUAAAAAGAUUGGUUUUGUUGUUCAUUUUCCAAAUUAAAAAUCAGAAUAUUUUGAUAUUAUUUUUUUUCUUUACAAAAACAAAGAAAAUAUCACUGCUUAAUUAGUAAAAUUUAAUUAUCUUGCAAGGACAAGAAUGAAAUAUUGCCAGACAUUUGAUGAAAAACUGCAAUAUUGUUUGAAACUGUGUUUAUAUCUGAAUUUACCAAUUUGUUAUUGACAGAUUCCUUGCCAAUAAAUACUCUCUUCAGAAAACAUUUGUUGUUUAA